AUGCUGUCAAAAAUGGGGGUACUCAGCCAGAUUGAUCGAUCAAAUUCUUGUGUGAAUCUUGGCCAAUGGUAUCAAUUUGUAGUUGAGGACACCAAAAGACAAAAUUCGUCUGCACUUGCUGAUAAAGACUCUACCAGUGUUUUUUUUCACGAUAAAUUCCCUGAUUUUAUGCGAUUUCUUCAAGGCAUCAAUUGCUUGUUGCUUUGUACUAUAUUUUGGCAUAUAAUGAAACCCCCUAUUGGGCAAAGGGUUAGGGUCCAAAAUUCCAAGAGCAAUGGAUGUGAGGUAGUCCGACUCAAGAGUGGGGAAGGAGCAGCAAUCUUACGGGGACGACAUUCAGAAUGGCUUCCUCCGCUACCAUACCCGACACGCCUGAACAAGGCACACCACACCAACAAAAAUCACCCACCAAAGCUGAUACACUUUGGUCACGCAUCGUUGCUUCCGAACGAGUAUCUCUUACUCACAACCACAACCCCUCUCAAAACAAUAAAACCAACACCGUCAUCAUGCCUUCGCAUGUCUAGCAUAAUGGCCGUUCCCCUGGCAGUGUCAUCUUCGAUGUCACUGGCCAACGUCACUGUCCUUGCCACCUCAGGCCUGGAAACAGGCGCUGUUAUUCAGCGUGUCAGUCUCUCCCGCUUGCCAAUUUUCGAUCUGGCUGACCUGUUGUAUGGUCUACAAACUAGUCUUGUCCUGUACAGGCGCAUUCUCAAUGGUGGAAUUUGCCGCGAGCCCAAUUUUCAAACAUUUUUUAGUGGAUGGACACCUCGGACGGUUUCCAUACUACCACGAGCACCAUGCCCAUUUGGUGUCGUUAUUGCCAUGCUGACAAUCAUGACCGUCAGAGCUGCCCCAAACGCCCGGCCAACAAACGACAGUGUUGGAUAUGUGACCAAACUGGGCACCACUGCUGAACUCGAUGCUGAGAAUUCUCAUACUGCCGUACAAGAGACUGUGGCCAAGCAACUCACUGCCCAAGAAGCUAUGGACCAAGAGGUGACCUCCAAAGCACUCGAAGAACGGGUGACCUCCGAGCAGGAAGCUAAUGCACUUGUCGCCAACCUUGCUGCUGCCCUCUUCGCCAAAGACAACGAAAUUGCGGCCUUAAACGCUACCCUAACCCGUUCAGCAGAGGCUAAGGCCCUGGCCACACAACAAGAAUUGGAGACUAACCGGGCUUCCAUUGUCGCACUGACCUCUUCUCCUGCUGGUGCCACUGGCACUUCCACUGUCAUUCCCCACAACACAGUGAUUCUCCCAGGCCUAAGCAAACAUGGCCAAGCUCUUAAAGACCUCCGACUCCAUCAUAAACCUAAAGCACCGCUUGGAAAAAUUGGGAAAAGUAUCCCUGCUAUCAUGAAGACUGCUACUGUAACAGCCACCGACCCGUCGCAGAGUGAUUAUCGUGCUAUCCUUGCCAAGGUAACUCAUAUGUCUUCUAGUUUUGACCCUUUCUUUAUUCUUGUUGUAUAUGAAACCGCCUCUCCUGCCGCUCGCGCUACCUUUUAUUCUGAUCUACAGUCAUUUGCUAUUCUUAAUAAUCCCAUCAUCCAAGAUCGACUCUUCAUCCUGGGCGACUUUAAUUUCUCUUUCCUUAAACCCACCUCACUAUGCACAGCACCUCUUUCUUGGCAACAUUAUCUUGGAUCUUACUUCGUCAAUUGUCACACCUCUCUUGACCCCACACUACUCCCUAUCUUUAGCCGCAGUUCUUCUACAACUACCAUAGACUGUAUGUUUGCAGCAUACUCUAUGUCGCUCUCAAUUGUCAACCACGAUAUCCAGUUUAUCUCUCCUUUGUGGACUGAUCAUGCUUUGCUUCAAACUACUAUUUGUCUAGGCACAUCCGACAAAAGGCGUGGACUAGGCGUGCUCACCCUUCUGUUGCCUCAAACCCCGACUUUCUUUCUGCUCUCGAUUCCACUCUCAAUCGCCUCUUUCCUCUCCUUCCCCAUUAUGAUCCACAACGCCAGUAGGAAAUCGUCAAAGCUACUACGAUUAGGACCGCCAAGAAAUUUAGUGGACGCUAUACUACAUAUUGGGGAAAAAAAACUGCUCAAAUCACUCCAGAGCAAAUGGAGUCAGUUUUUGCAGUCAAAACCUAUACUAGCUGUUCGUCUUCUACUUCUUCCUAAAUAUGACCAACAAAUAGCAGCAAUCCAGCAAGAACUUGUUAACGCCACAUCCCUUCGAGCUGGGCUUCGCUGGGUAUAA